UUUAUUGAUUACUGCUGCUGAAUGCUUCCACCUGACAGGGCUAAUGCAGGCCAUAGAUGGGUCGAAAAUCGGCUGAUUUUUCGGCCAAAAAUAAAAUCGGCCAAUUUUCGGAUCGUUAGUGGGCUAAUUGUUCGGCCGUUUUUUGGUAUUUUGGCAGAUUUUUUUUAUCGGUAAAGUUGGAAAAAAAAUCGGCCGAUUUUCGCGGCAAUGAUGGGCAAAUCGGCUGAUCUUUUUACCGAUAAAAAAAUCUGCACAUGAGCAGUGA